GCUGCGGCGGGUUAACUGGACGGCGGAAGUUCGACGGCGCUGGGUGAGCCCAGUGGCAGUGGCGUCUGAGUCUGAGCUCUGAAGCCGGAGGCCCAGGAUCCCGGGCGUGGCCCCCCCAGGAGGAAGGAGGAGGGAGUCCCCCCGGCGCACCGGCAUGGACCUGGAAGCCAAAGUGAAAAAGAUGGGCUUAGGUCAUGAGCAAGGUUUUGGAGCUCCCUGUUUAAAAUGCAAAGAAAAAUGUGAAGGAUUUGAACUGCACUUCUGGAGAAAAAUAUGUCGUAACUGCAAGUGUGGCCAAGAAGAGCAUGAUGUCCUCUUGAGCAAUGAAGAGGACCGCAAAGUGGGGAAACUUUUUGAAGACACCAAGUAUACCACCCUGAUUGCAAAGCUAAAGUCAGAUGGAAUUCCCAUGUACAAACGCAAUGUUAUGAUACUGACCAAUCCGGUUGCUGCCAAGAAGAACGUCUCUAUCAACACUGUUACCUAUGAAUGGGCUCCUCCUGUCCAGAACCAGGCAUUGGCCAGGCAGUACAUGCAGAUGUUGCCCAAGGAGAAGCAGCCAGUGGCAGGUUCGGAGGGGGCACAGUACCGGAAGAAGCAGCUGGCUAAGCAGCUCCCGGCACAUGACCAGGACCCUUCUAAGUGCCAUGAGUUGUCUCCCAAAGAGGUGAAGGAGAUGGAGCAGUUUGUAAAGAAGUAUAAGAGUGAAGCUCUGGGAGUUGGAGAUGUCAAACUUCCCUGUGAGAUGGACACUCAGGGGCCCAACAAAAUGUACAGCCCUGGUGGGGACAGAAGCACCCCAGCAGCCGUGGGGUCUGUGGAGGACAAAUCUGCUGAGCCCGAAAAGCCCCAAUACUCCUGCUAUUGCUGCAAAUUGAUUAUGAAAGAAGGGGACCCAGCCAUCUAUGCGGAAAGGGCUGGCUACAAUAAAUUGUGGCACCCAGCCUGCUUCGUCUGCAGCUCCUGUGGUGAACUCCUGGUUGACAUGAUUUAUUUCUGGAAGAAUGGGAAGCUAUAUUGUGGCAGGCAUUACUGUGACAGUGAGAAACCCCGAUGUGCUGGCUGUGAUGAGCUGAUAUUUAGCAAUGAGUACACCCAGGCGGAAAACCAGAAUUGGCACCUGAAACAUUUUUGCUGCUUUGACUGUGACAACAUCCUAGCUGGGGAAAUAUACGUGAUGGUCAACGAGAAGCCUGUGUGCAAGUCCUGCUAUGUGAAAAAUCAUGCUGUGGUGUGUCAAGGAUGCCACAAUGCCAUCGAUCCAGAAGUGCAGCGGGUGACCUACAACAACUUCAGCUGGCACGCGUCCACGGAGUGCUUUCUGUGCUCCUGCUGCAGCAAGUGUCUCAUCGGGCAGAAGUUCAUGCCCGUAGAAGGGAUGGUUUUCUGUUCGGUGGAGUGUAAGAAGAUGAUGUCUUAGGAGAGAACACCAAGUAGUUUUGAGCCACGCUUAUCCAAAGUGGUCUGCAUUUCUACUGUAAAAUGCAAUUUGAAGAAACUAAAAAGCAAGAAUAUUAUAAAGGCAACCAGAAGAUUGUUUUCCUUAAAUUUUUCUGUCUUAAUGUCAAACACUUUCAUUAAACAUUUGAUUUUAAAAAUGGUAA